AGAGUGACUAUGAAGGCCCUCUCUGCCGUCACCAUCGCCAUUGCACUGGCGCUUGUCGCCCAGUGCAGCUUCGCCGAACAACCGGUCGAGCCCGUCGAAAACGUCAACCAACUUCGCGAACUCUACGCCCAACCCUGGCUGCCUCGACCAUGGCCCUACCCUUGGCCCCAUCCAUUUCCUCGGCCAUGGCCUCAGCCAUGGUAUCUGCCUCAGCCAAUGGUUUCGGCGCUGAAAGACCUGCCAGAAGCGGAGAUUUCUGCCGAGCAGCAACCCAAGACGAGGAAGCGCCGAGCUGCCCUACCAUGGCCCGUGAGGCCUUGGCCUCAGCCGUGGCCUCAGCCGUGGCCUCAGCCGUGGCCCCAGCCCUGGCCACAGCCCUGGCCCCAGCCUUGGCCUCAUCCGCUGCCUAUCCCAGCGCCCAACCCCUGGCCCAUUCACUAUCCCAGACGACAGGGUUAAUGAGCUCGAAUAGCGGAUGCUCCCUCACAUUAA